UUAUCCUUUUUGUCUUUCAGAUUCAUAAUUCAAACAAGAUUUGAAGAAAAUCCACCCAGAAGAAUGAGGUUGAAGGAGUUGGAGAGUUACCUUCAGGAUGUGGAGACGUUUGAAGAGCCCAAGGUUCUGUUGGAACAGUACCCAACUUCUCCACAUAUAGCAGCCCAUAUGCUGUACAGCAUGCAGACCCAGUACAGUUCUGUGGAGGGGCGGCUGGUGGCAGACCUGGGGUGUGGCUGUGGGGUCCUGUGUGCCGGGGCUGCUAUGUUAGGGGCAGGUGCCUGUGUGGGGUUUGACAUCGAUGAAGAUGCCCUCUCCGUGUGCCAGUCCAACUGUGCAGAGCUGGAGCUGGACACCGUGCACCUGAUACAGGCUGACGUCACGCACCUGCACACCUGUCCUGGCAGGUGGCACAAGACCUUCGAUACUGUCAUCAUGAACCCUCCGUUUGGAACAAAGAAAAACUGGGGAAUUGACAUGAUAUUUUUGAGAACAGCCCUGGACAUGGCCACAGAGUCAGUUUACUCUCUCCACAAAACAUCAACAAGACAACACAUCAAGAAGAAAGCCAAAGAGUGGAAUGUUAACAUGGAGGUUGUUGCAGAAUUGAGAUUUGACCUUCCAGCAACCUAUAGAUUCCACAAGCACAAGUCUGUGGAUAUUGAAGUGGACUUUAUUAGAUUUUCUUUCCCAAGUAAAUAAGAAAUCAACACCUAAACAUGGACAUUACGGACCAGACAAGACCAGUAUCUCUCUCUUGUAUCUAUCUUUUGCGGGACUGAUUUUCAGCAUUAACGUUAUCCUUUAGUACUAGUAACUAAUUCUAUUCGUCCAACAGAUACAUAAGUACAAAGACUGACUCAUUUUACACUAUGUUAACGUUUUUAGAACAGUUUGUACCUAUUUCAAGUCACCAACCUGACGAUAAUGCACUGACUCUUCUGCCAAUAAUCCUAUGCUGUAGGACUGGGCAGUAAUAAAGAAGAAGAACAGUACUCUGCCAUCCACCAUAUUGCCACAAGAGGUCAUUUAUAAAAUCCAAACCACUGCAAUGGGAAAAUUAUACCUAACAUGGCACAGAAGAACCAUUGAACAGACUUUUGUACAGACUCAUAGACUUUUAUUUUACAAAGGAUCCGUGACAAAGUCAUAGAUAUAAUACAAUUUAUAGAACAUUCUUGUGUACAGUAAUUAUCAUUAAAACAAACAAGUAUUCCUUGUCAUCAUAUUAUUAGCUAAUAAAUACCAACAGAAGUGACAGUAGAUUGUGACAGUGUUUUCCAGCUCUCUGUACAUUGUGAUAUUCAAGUUAUUGUUAUACCAUAUACGGAUACUUUGUUUAAGUGUUAAUAUCUGAUUUGCUCGUAUGAAUAGACAUAACACCAAGGAAGGUAAGCAAGCCAAAAUACAACCUCAUAAUCUAGUCAUGGAUAGAAUUGUAACUGAUGGUAGACCAGACAAAUAGGAAAACAUGUUAACUGCCCUAGUGGCAUCUGUAAUUUCACUGCUUCUUUCCAGAAAAUGUUUCUUAAAUGGAAUGCCAGACAUAUUUUGGCUGAUUUAAAAGUGUCAAUGGCUGAAAGACAAUGGAAGAGCUUGGCACCUUUCCUGCUGUCAUCAAAUUUGUCUGGAAAUAUUGUUAGUUUGGUGUAGUAAGAACAUACUUAAAACUAGUGCAGCAACUUUCUUCACUGAAUACACAAUAAACAUAACAGAUACAGUUACAUAGACUCUUACGUCAUAAAAAUAAUGUACUUGCAUAGGUACGAUUCCUAUCGGUUUUUGGCAGCUGACCGAACAGAUAGAAAUGCACAAGAGUUGACUUAAAACAUCUGUUAUGAUACCAAGGAGCUUCUAGAUUUUAAGCUCUUUGAUGGUACUUAUCAAUAUACGUAUUACACAAAUUCACUGUUUUAUACAAGAAUAACACACAAGAAUGUUUCACCUAUGAUACGUACAAAAGUACAAAGGCUUAUACUAUAUCAAACUUACUAGUUUCUUGGUGUAAACAAGGUAAACUGUAUAGUGUAUGGAAAUUCUGAAAUAAUACAUACAUCAAGUGUCAUAUUCAAACAUAAAUGUGCAUUUUAAAGCAAGUUUGGGAACAUAUAACAAACUAUGGUACAAUGUCUUAUCAUUCUAUAUCUUUGCCCAGCAAAGACUUUUUUCCAGCUUCUUUAACCACUUACAUGUACGACCAACAGCCCCUUUUAUAUAAUGGUAUCAACCACAUUUCUUCAGAACUCACUGUUGGGUGGAAUAGUUCAUUUCAGUAUAGGGAUGUUUUUCCAAACAUUUUUAUAGGUUUAUCAUUAACCAAGCAUUAUCUACAGCUGAACAAAUGUUCAGUGCUCAACAGU